GAGGACAUUGCUGGGUGACCCACAGUUUAAAGAAAGUUGAAGAACUCAUUCCGUGCACAAUCUUCACAGUGGAACUUAACUCUGCGCCAUGACGUUUUAUGUCUUCUUAAUGCUACACGUCCUGCAGUUUGCAACCGUCGUCCAGGGGAGUAGCGGGUCAUGCGAUUUCGAGAAAGAUUUGUGUGGCUAUGAACCAGAGCCCCUCUUUGGACCCUGGAUGGUGAACUUACAAGGCCGCUAUGUCCAUAUUGAAGGUUCUUUCGGCAGCACUAAAAAAGUGGGUACCCUCACCAGUCCUGAGCUCCAUGCUCUGGGAGAGAGCUGCGUGAGGCUUGUGUAUCAGAUCACAGGCACAGAUCCUGGAAGGCUUAAUAUGUACUUCCGACCAGAAGGGAACAGCUUUGACUUUCUGCUUUGGACUGCCAGAGAGCCAUCUGACAGCUGGAAGAUUGCCAGCAUAGGCGUGAGGAAUAUAGCAGAGAAAUCCAAGAUCAUUUUCGAGGCUAUUGUCAACCCAGACCCAAGGGCCAGUAUUGCAGUUUUUGAGAUCAAUGUCACUCCUGGCUAUUGUAUUGAGUGCACCUUUGAAGAAAAUCAUCUCUGUGGCUAUAACAACAGAUGGAACCCAAACCUGAACUGGCUCGUUGGUGGAGGAUCGGUCCGAGAUUCACCAUUGCAUCUGCCCACUGAUCACACGUUGGACAAUGAGCAAGGUCACUACAUGUACGUUGACUCGAUUUAUGCUACACAUUUGCACGAAGUAGCUCAGCUGAUGUCACCACUGACAAUUUCCGCCCUAUCUGGAUGCCUGUCUUUCUUUUACCAACUUCGUCGGAAGCAUAGUACCUUCUUUGUGGUUUACACCAAGGACAGAAUCGGUCAUUAUGAAGAGGUGUGGCGGGCAAAUCAUUCGACGCACAACUGGAAUUUGGUCAAGGUGAAUAUUAAAGCUUCGCAUCCAUUUCAGAUGGUGUUUGAAGUCGCCUUCAGCAGCAUGACUGACGGCUAUGUUGCACUGGAUGAUAUUUCGUUCUCUCCACAUUUCUGCAACAAUGAAACAGCUCUGUUCUUUGAUCCCUCUGUGGCAAAUUGCAACUUUGAUCAAGAUCUCUGCAAUUAUACCCAAAACCACCUGGAUGGCAAAAAAUGGACCAGACAGAUUCGAAAACCAAAUCCAUUCCGAUUUGGCGAUCACACGAGUGGAAUGGGUGGCUUUCUUAUUUCCAAUACAAGAUUUGGAUAUCAUCAGGAGUACGUGGCCCACCUAAUAGGCCCACUUUUACUAGCCAACCUCCAGUACUGCUUGCAAUUUUUCUAUGCGCUGAAUCAUUUUAUAUCGGAAGAUGCCCUUGCUGUCUAUAUUUAUGAUGAAAUGGACCGUGUCCAGGAAAAGAUUUGGACAAUUCCCAAAUCACCAACAGGAAUGUGGAUUCAAGCAGAAGUCAAUUUCCAAAGGCUGGAGCCCACUAAGAUAGUAUUUGUCAGCGUUUGUAAGAGUUUCUGGAACUGUGGGAAGGUUGCACUAGAUGACAUCGUUGUAAGCCAAGGAGAUUGUCAGAUUCCUGGAGGGUCCUGGCUGGCUGUUCCAGGGAAGUGCAAUUUUGACACGGAUAACUGUGGAUUUAUUCAGGACCACAAUGAUAGAGGCAAUUGGUACAGAAGAACAGGUGCUACCCCAACAUCCUUCACAGGUCCAAAAGGAGAUCGCACCACAGGGGUAGGCCACUAUAUGUAUAUCGAGGCCUCCCAUAUGAGGCGUGGAUACAAUGCACGACUCUUGUCAUGGCAACUGAGAGGAUUCAAAGGCAAACAGUGUCUAGUGUUCUUUUACCACAUGUAUGGGAUUGGAACAGGAUUGCUAAACGUUUACUUGAAGAAAGAGAAUUCUCCAGAAAUCCUUAUGUGGAAAAGAAGAGGAGAACAAAGCAUAUCUUGGAUGAAGGCCUCGAUAGAGUACAAAUGUGAGCAAAGCCAUCAGAUUGUGUUUGAAGCAAUCCGCGGCCCCUCAAUAAACAGUGACAUCGCAAUCGAUGACAUUUUAUUCCAAAGUGGACCAUGUCAAGAUUCGGAGAGUCCUUUGACAUUUGACCCAGAAUCUCCAAAUGAACCUGACUGGUACAGCAUUUAUAUCUGAAUAGAGGUCCCCGACGCAAGCCACACUGAGAACGUUUGAGUCAUAGGAGCUUGAUGUGGAUCUUGCAGAAGUUGUAAAUAUUUUUUCCUCCUCACAGGACAGAAGAUUUCAUUUGAUUUGAAUGUCUUCUUGCUCAGAAACCUUUAGCUCAGAAAAGUGUUAUGUUUGUUUUGUACGAAAACGUAGUGGCCACAGGGCUCCUUAGUUUCUAGUUAGCAAUAUCCAGUAAUCGUAAUUACUGAAGAACUGUAAAUAUUAAACAUUUCAGACUGGUAAAAGGUGAUGUUUAUGAGUAAUGUUUCAGUUUAAUGUUUGUAUUCAAAGACCAUUAGAAGCAUAGCUAGCUAUUGCUUCUUGGCUAUGUCUUACAAAAUCCAAAUGUCAAUUGUGUUCUAUAUUUAUCCAGAAGAA